AUGAGGACUUGUGGUGGAAUGAAAACUGGAGGUAUGGAUAUGGAAAUGGGUGUGAUGGAUGAGAGUGGGUAUGAAGGGUAUUGGUCAUGUAUGCAUGGUUCCAUGCAUGCGUCUAGGAGAGGGAUAGGAAAUGGAGUAUACCAGGGAAUGUAUGGAAACCUGAGCAAGGGGGAUGUUGAGGGAAAAUGGAAACGAGAGCACGCUCUAAGGGUUUUCAUAUUUCAAAAAACCCUAGCUUGGUUCCGAUUCUAUGCUGGUUACAAGAUUUCCUUGCACUGGUUCAAGAACUGGCAAGAACAGAGAAGGCAUAAACUGACUGCAAGCACUUUUGGUGGGGCUGUUGGUUUUUGGCCUCGCCGAAGAGUCCAGCUCUGGUUAGAAAAGUUGGGGGCAACUAAGCCAUUCAGAGGCAACCUAGCUACUUGUUGGAGUAACAUUAAAGAAGAGGAAGCACUUGAAAGGUACAAGCUGAUAACAGGAAAUACUGUCCUGUUUCCUGAAUUUCAGAUCUAUGGUAAGAAAGAUCCAGAGGACAAUUGGCUUGCAGCUUCACCAGAUGGGAUAGUUGACAGUCUUGUCUAUGGAUUACAUUCCAGAGGAGUGCUGGAGAUAAAGUGCCCUUUUUUUAAUGGAGAUAAGAGCAUAGCUUCACCUUGGUCUCGAGUUCCCCUUUAUUAUAUUCCCCAAGCUCAAGGUUUAAUGGAGAUAAUGGAUAGGGAUUGGAUGGAUUUCUAUGUUUGGACCCUUAAAGGAAGCAGUUUAUUCCGGUUAUACCGGGAUGCAGAAUAUUGGGAUGUUCUCAAAAUAGCUUUAUCCGACUUCUGGUUUAAGCAUGUGCUGCCAGCCAGAGAGUUGUGCAGUAAACAUGCGAUCAAUAAUCCUCUCACUGAAUUGCGAUCACUCAAGCCAGAACCGAGACAUGAAUUAUGUAGAUACAUUGUUUAUGAAAGUAAACGCAUUGUUGAUGACUCCAAAUUAUUGAUGCGAGAAAUUCAUGGGAAAUUGCAAAAUUGAUGCAUAAAUGAUAUUUCAUUGGGUUUGGUUUUGAUUAAAAGGGGAUAUCCAGAAUUCAGAUUGGAGGAGACUGUAGAGGAGAAAUCCAGUGGACCAAUUUUGGGCUUUUAAUUGGUGCAGUCUGAAGCUUGGAAUUGGUCCCGAGUAAUUGAGUAUCAUUGUUGUGUAAGUAAAAAUAAAUCAUUGGAACUGUUGUUUGACUGAGUUAUAAAGAUGAUAUAUCGCCAGAAACAAAAUCCUGAUGCUGCUGGAAAGAGUGGAGAAAUACUCUCCAUAUGGGUUAAAAGAGGAUGAAUUGACUUCACUCUCUAUAGUUUCUCCGAUUUAUGCAACAGCUUCUCCUUCCCAAUAGAAGUGAUAACACACAAGGAAGCCUUAAAUCUAUGAUCUUCAUCAUUGGCAAGACUCCAGGAGCUGAGUUUUUGAUAAAUGUCUGGAGUACUACAGUGGAUUUAAGUGGGAAAUUUUAACUGGAUGUGGGAACACACUUGGAACAAUCUGUGGAUGCCCUUAUUAUCAAAUGUACUGUCAUAUCAUUUAUUUUCAGUUGAGCUAAGUUUGAACCUUUGGGAUGCUUGUGCAAUGUGAUGCAGUAUGAGCUCAAAUUUCUCCAUCAAGCCUUGACCUUGCAGUUACUCAAACACUGGACUCAGAUGAAACUGGAAGGACAUGUUGUAUGUUCAAAGUCUACCUAGAAACUCUUGUUAAUUCUUCCGACUCCAGGGAAGUGGGAUCGCACUUGGAACAAUCUGUGGAUGCCCUUAUUAUCAAAUGUACUGUCAUUUUGUUUAUUUUCAGUUGAGGUAAGUUGGAACCUUUGGGAUGCC